GUUUAGUCUCUAGCGGCCAGGACCUGUAACAGGAUUCUUUCUCAUUGCAUGAUGGCGUCUCGUGGGGACUGAGUAUGUGAAGUGACCAUGGGGUCGUGAGAAACGAAUCCCUUAUCUCCAGCUUUUUCUUUCUUCCUUUCAUUUAUGUGCACUUGGUCUCCGGCAUGGCUUUCCUCUGCCCCGUUCGCAUUCGGAGGAACAAAAAGAAGAAAUCGGAUGGAGAUGGAGAUUCCAUGCGAGGUCCAGCCAUGGGUCGAAUCACGGGGAGUGCAUCCAUUGAGACCCUCGUCAGGGUCGGAAUCGAAAAAGAAAACGGUCUUUCACCGGAUUCCAAGAUGGUCGUGCUUCACGACUUCACCCCAUGUGUCGACGACGAACUCGAUGUCAAACGUGGCACUGUGGUGAAUGUCCUGUACCAGGAAAAUGAAUGGGUGUAUGUGAUAUCAGAAAACAAUGCAGAAGGAUUUAUACCCCACUCCUACUGUGCUCCAUAUGGAUCCCAGAUGGCAGAACUGGCACUGAGUGUGAAACACAAGAAAAUUCCUCGAUCAGAUCAUUCCACUAUGGAGGGAGGUGGAGUUGAUAGAGAACUCCACAACACUACUGUUGCCACCAUCACUAGCACAGGUCCAGGAGGAAUGGAAAACUCAGACAGUGAAAGUCUGGGAGUAUUGAAAGCAGGAGGAGUGAAUCAAGUCCAUGAUUCCCAAUGUUCCCUUCAGAGUGGUGGUUCAUCGCAACCUGACAUCCAUCCCUUCUUCAAGGAUCCAGCUGGGAGGUAUAUUGUGUUGUACACCUUCAUUGCUCGUGAUGAGAAUGACGUGAGUGUGGAGAGGGGAGAGUUCGUCACUGUCCUAAACAGGGAAGACCCAGACUGGUUUUGGGUUGUGAGGAGUGAUGGACAAGAAGGUUUCAUCCCAUCAGCAUUUGUCUAUCCUGCUGAUAUCAUUCAAGGGUCAAUGAGUCCAAGUGGAGGCGGUGGUGGAAUGGGCUUGGGCAGUGGUGGAGGAGCAAGUCCAGGCAAUGUGAAUAACCAAUCUGGACUCCACAAUUCUCCUCCCCAUCAAUAUAAUUCCUCCUCUGUGCAAGCAGAGGAGAUGCGUUUUCAUGGAACAGAGCUCCUUAUGCUCUAUGACUAUAAGGCACAAGCACCAGAUGACUUAUCAGUGAGGAGAGGUGAUUGGGUGUAUGCAGACCUGAAUAACCAGACAGUAGAUGGUUGGCUGUGGGCAUACUCUCCAAAGACUCGUAAAUAUGGCUUCAUCCCCAAGGCGUAUGCACGCCCUCCUGCCAUGACAAGUCUUUGAUAUUCCCCACACACCAUGAGUGCCAUGUGCUGCCAUGUGCCAAAAAAAAAGACGUGUUCUCUUUUGCUCCUCACCCAUGCUAAUUUAUGCUCUCUUCAUCUGUGAUGUCCACGUGCCUUUUUUUUUAAUAUGCAACCUUGAAGGAGGUGCUGCAUUCCUUGGAGAAAUUAUGUUGUGCUUUAAUAGAAAGGAAAGAUGGACUGUUGUGUCAGCUGCUUUCAAUGGAUAGUGAGAAGUGCAGUGCCACAGAAUUUCACGAGAACGUUGACACUGAAAACUGAUGGCAUUUUCUCACAAGGAAUACCAGCUGCAAUAAAGUUAUCCAUGG